AUGAUCUCAUUAAAAAAAUGCGAUGAAGCACCCGUACCUGAUGAUGGUAUCAAGCCCACAUUUACCGAACGCCCAAUUAUACGUCAAAGUGAUGACGGGGGAAAAAUCACCUUUGAGUGCCGUUGUGUUGGUGAUCCAAAGCCGAGCAUACAAUGGUUUCAUGGUAAGGAAGAGAUAAAAUCCGGAGGUCGCUAUAUAAUUACAUUAGAAGAAGAUCAAAAGUUGUAUCAUAUGGCACGAUUGGAAAUCUCAAAGGUUAUAACCGGUGACAAGGGCGAAUAUCGUGCUGUGGCUCGAAACAAACAUGGCGAAGGCAUAGCAACGAUCAAUCUAAAUUUCGAAGGAAAUGGCAAACCAAAAAUUCCCGAUGGUAAAUCACCACGCUUUCCAAAAAAGCCGACAAUACGUCAAGAAGGUGAUAUUCUUAUUAUGGAAUGUAUACUGGAAGCGCAUCCAGUGCCAGACAUUAUAUGGUAUCAAGGUGAAAAGUCGGUAGUCGGUUCAAAUCGUAUCAAAAUGUCACGAAAGGCCACAACAAAAGAUUCAUAUAUUUUAACAUUGGAAAUUUCAAAUCCAACACGUGAAGAUGGCGGAAAUUAUCGAUGCAAUGCAUUUAACACUUACGGUGAAAGUAAUGCGAAUAUCGCUCUCAAUUUUCAAGGUGGUGAAGAUCCAAACGGAUUCGCACCAUCAUUUGUUGAAAAGCCUCGUAUUAUACCGAAUGAUGCCAGUACACUUAUUACAAUGAAAUGUCGCUGUAAAUCCAAACCGGCGCCAGUGAUCACAUGGUAUCGUGAAAAAGAUGUUGUAAAAGAAACAUCUAAAAUAAAAAUCAAGUCAUCAUCAACCGAAGAAGAUAUCUUUGAACUUGUCCUUGAGAUCAAGGAUCCAGGUACAGCAGACGGUGGAACGUAUCGUUGCCACGUAAAAAACGAAUUCGGCGAAAGUAACGCAAAUUUGAAUCUGAAUAUUGAAGCCGAACCAGAACCAGAGGGUGAAGGACCAACAUUCGUCGAGAAACCACGCAUUUUGUCGCAAAAUAAUGGAAAAUUAGUCAUCAUGGAGUGCAAAGUCAAAGCAAAUCCUUCGCCAGAAAUAACAUGGAGCAAAGAAGGCCAACUCAUCACUCAGACUAACCAAAUUAAAUUAUACCUGGAACAAACAGACGAUAUAUAUGAAAUUCGUUUAGAACUUUCUGAGCCAAAUCUCGAAGAUUCUGGUUUGUACAAAUGUAACAUCAAAAAUUCCUUGGGUGAACUUAAUGCCAAUUUGACGCUGAAUAUUGAAAUUAUUCCGGUUAUCAAGGAUAAGCCAAAAAUCAUUAAGAUUAUUAAAAAGAAAACUGUUGUCAUUGAAUGCGUUGUGGUUAGUAAAUUUGCACCAAAAUGUACGUGGUUUAAGGAAAAGAAUGAAGUAGCGGAGGGUAAACGCCAUAAGGUUGAUGUAAAACAACUAAAAGAAGGCGAGUUUGCUGUUCAAUUGGAAAUCACCGAUGUCAAUGAUAACGAUAAAGGUUCGUACCAGAUGAUCGCCAAAAACGAAAAAGGGGAAGCCGUUUCGCAAACUGUGGAAUUGGUUGAUAUUCCAACACCUGAAGAUGACGAAAAACCAACUGUACCAGAAAUCAAAAAACGUUUGCGUGACGAAACAAUAGAAGAGACUCGUACACUUGAGUUGACUGUUGAAUUAAAAAAAUCGCUUAAAAAGACGACUGUUGUUUGGUAUAAGGAUUCUACAAUCUACAGAGAAUCGAGCACAGUGAAACAAUCGUUUGAUGGUAAAACAGCAACACUUCGAAUUUCAAGAUGCAAACGAAACGAACAUUCGGGCGUUUACAAAUGCGUCAUCAAGAAUGACAGUGGCAUGGAUGAGUGCUCAUCAACGGUAACCGUUAAGAAGGUGGAUGACAAAAAGAAGAAGACAGAAGAAGAAAAUAUUGAAGAGACCAUCGAGCUAGAAGAAGAAGAAGAUGAGGAAAAAUCUCAAGAAAAGAAGGGCCCAUUCGAUGUCAUGCUUAAAAAAGCUAAGCAAAAUAAAACGGUCAUCUCAGAUGAAGAAGAGAAAAAACAGGAAAUUAUUGAAGAAGAAAAGAAGAGAGAAGAAGUCACUCAACCAAAGAUCGAGGAAAUUAGCUCAGAGACUGAUGAAGGGCACAAAAAACCAAAGGAAAAGAAAAUUGGUGCCAUAAAAUUGGUCGAUGAGGAAGAAACCAUCACUGAGAAACCAAAAGAAGAAAUCUUAGAUGAAAAGGAAAAAUCAGCCGAACCAAAAGAAAAGCCGAAAGCCAAAAAAACAACUACAAUUAAACGAAAAUCAAUCGGUGAAAAGAAACCAAAGAAGACUGAUGAGCCUGCCAUUGAAUCGAUUGACGAACCUGAUAACAUUAAAGUUGAUAGUGUCAAUGAAUAUGAUUUGAAGCAAAGUUCAAAACCAUCAUCUCGUCGUGGUUCCAAAAAAGAAAAAUCCUUUGAAGAGACUACACCAUUGAUUGAGGAUGUUACUGAACCGACAAAACCAAAAUCAAAGAUUGUAAAAAAGAAAGAAUCUGCCAAAGAGCCUGAGCCUGAGUCUAAAGUUGAAAAUGGCGUUGUCGAAAUAAAAACUGAACCAGAGCGAAUGGAACUGGAGAAGGUUGACCUCAAACAUUUCGAUGCUGAAGAUGAUAAAGUCCCGGUUGAAGAUGAUAAAGUCGAUAGCCGCCGUUCUUCUGUGGCAACGGACAAAGAUGAUAAUAGUCGUCGCUCAUCUGUUAAAGAUGAUAAAGUGGAUCGACGCACAUCCAUUGCUGAAAAGCUUUCUAAAAAGGUCGGCGAACCAGACUUCAGUGUUGUUGAAAAGCGUCCACUAUUGAAACCACUUGACCAAAGCCGUCGUGCUUCAAUUAAGAAACCUGAAGUUAUUCAGCCAGUUGAAGAAUUGCCAAAAUUGAAAAAAGUGGCGAAACCAAAAGAAGAACCAAAAAAAGAAGAGCCAAAACGUACCAAAGUUAAGAUUCCAAAAGCCAAAAAGUACGAAGAUUUACCUGAAAUUCUAGACUAUGAACGUCCUAAUUUAGAGGUAUAUCAAGAGUCUGAAUUUGAUCCAAACAAAGCGACAAAGGCCGUUGAACACCCUAAGUUGAAAUCCGAACAGGCUAUAGAAAGCACAGCAGAAGCUGAUGCACCAACCAAAAAUGGAUUACCAAAGAAGGAGGUGACUUCAGUCGUUGAUGAAUCUAAAAAGGGAUUAACGAUGGGUAAAGGUAAAUUACCUGAGGAACCAGCAGAACAAGUAAAACCAAUGUUAAAACCACCCGUGCUCAUUACUCCAGAGGAGGAUCAAAAACUUGAAGGCAAAAAGGACAAUCAAGAAGCUCCGAUCGACCAACCACGAAGACUGAGUUUGCGUCGACCAUCAUUCAAACGAGAAGUUAUUGAAAAUGAAAGUUUUAUCGAUAUUCAGUUGAAACCCGUGACUAAAGAUAAAGCCACACCACAAAAAGCUGAGCAAAAAGAGAGCUCAUUGACUAAGGUAACGCGAAAACAGAGCUAUUUUCUCUCUUUUCUUCUGUUUCUUCUGACUGCGCAAAAUAUAGCAAUUGAUGUUCCAGCUGUUAAAGUACCAGAAAUUAAGGCCCCAGAAAUUAAUGCGCCAGACGCACCGAAGAUCGAAGUAAUUCGUGAAAAGAGUCCAUUCGGUGAACGUAAGAGUUCAUUGGCCCCUGGAUCGGGCCCAUCAAGCCGCCGUGGUUCAUUGAUUCCACCAGAAGAGCCAGGACGACGACCAAGUUUGAUAAUCAGCGAUGAGAUUCGGCUAGAAGCUUAG